AAGUUGCCAUUGAAGGGGGAACUACAGCCGGACGACGGACUACUGCUCCAGCCGCUGCAACCACGAUCGCCUCUUUGGAAGUAGUUGUUAUCCAGACUAGCAUAAUAUUUCCUUUUUUUCUUUGCCUUCACUCGACUGAAAUGUGUCCACCAUAAGUCAGCGGGGAGGUAAAUAUUUCAAAAUUAUCAAUUUUCCGGAUGGCUCGAGUGAAGCAAGUGGGGGCUUUUCAGUGCAAUUAACUCGGCGAGGAAUUUGUUACUUACGGAUACCCCCCUCCCUUGACUUGGAAUACGCCGGAGCAAACCUGACAAAAACAACAACAAAAAAGCUCGUUGCCUACCCAGGCCUUUUCAUCGCUCACCUGCUUCUUUUACGCCUCGAGCUUAAUGAGCCGCUCCCCCGCGUACUUUUCUGCCUGAUUUACGCCCCCCCCCCCCUAUCCCCCUCGCCCGCGGGAGUGUGGGGGCUAGAAACACCCGCAAGAGGAGCUCGUUAAACGCCUUGCUUGGCUCCCAAGUGUCGCUCGUCGUGUGCAAAGGACGACGGAUGGCUUGGUGAACCGGAGCAGCACAUCGGCAGCACCAACCUCAUCACCGCCCCCCCUCCGAGUUUGGUGCCACUCAAGGGGAGCAUCGUGACGGAAGCGAGAGGAGCGCCCCCCUCUCCCCUCGUCCGGAGAUAACAAUGUUCCCCCAGGGGCGACACCCGACGCCCCACCAGGCUCCGGGUCAACCCUUUAAGUUCACCAUCCCAGAAUCCCUGGACCGCAUCAAGGAGGAAUUCCAAUUCCUGCAGGCUCAGUACCACAGUCUCAAGUUGGAGUGUGAGAAGCUGGCUGGUGAAAAAACCGAAAUGCAAAGACACUAUGUCAUGUACUACGAGAUGUCCUACGGCCUCAACAUCGAAAUGCACAAACAGACGGAGAUUGCCAAGAGACUCAACACAAUCUGCGCACAAGUCAUCCCCUUCCUCUCGCAGGAGCAUCAGCAGCAGGUGGUCCAAGCGGUGGAGCGGGCCAAGCAGGUGACCAUGGCCGAGCUCAAUGCUGUCAUCGGGGUGCGGGGACUGCCCGGCCUUCCACCUACGCAGCAUAUAGCACACAAUCACGGCGGCGCCCCUGUGCCCCUUACGCCCCACCCGGGUGGCCUGCACCCCUCUCAGCUGGGCGGUUCGGCCAGCCUCCUUGCGCUGUCGGGAGCACUUGGCGCCAUGCCGCCGCAUCUUGCCGGGAAAGACGCUUCUGACAAAAAGCCGCACCUUUCCGGGCCUGACUCGCACCCUGGAGGAGCAGAGCACUUGAGAGAUAGGGAACCUGGCACAAGUAACUCGCUACUGCCCGAAAGCCUCCGCAACUCAGACAAGCGACGGAACGGACCCGACUUUUCAAACGACAACAAGAAGCGCAAAGUGGAGGACAAGGACUCAAGCCACUACGACAGCGACGGGGAGAAAAGCGAUGACAAUUUAGUGGUGGAUGUCUCAAAUGAGGAGCAGCCCUCGCCUCGCGGCACGCCCCUCCCCUCCCCAAGAGAGAACGGCUUGGAUAAAGCACGCCUCCUCAAGAAGGACCCCUGCAGUCCCGCUUCGACCGCAUCGUCGGCUAGCUCCUCCUCCCUCAAAUCCAAAGAGAUGGCAAUGCGAGACAAAGCAGGCACACCCGGGCUCAAGUCAAGCACACCCACACCAAGAGGGGAUUCCACUCCAGGGCCGAGCGCCACACCUGGUGUCAGGCCCAGCCUGUCAAAACCCCCCUCCAUGGAGAUCCCCCAUCCACCUACUGCAGGUCUUAGGACACCUCUGGCGGUGCCCGGCCCGUACCCAGGAGCGUUCAGCAUGUUGCCUCACGCGGCCGGGAUGAACGGCGAGCUAGCCGGAGCGGCCAGCGCCGCUGCCUACGCUGCCGGACUGCACAACAUUUCGCCUCAGAUGAGUGCCGCUGCCGCCGCCGCUGCAGUGGCGGCAUAUGGCCGCUCUCCUAUGGUCGGCUUUGAUCCGCACCCUCACAUGCGGGUUCCAGGAAUGCCUCCCAGCCUGACUGGAAUCCCUGGUGGCAAGCCUGCCUACUCCUUCCACGUUGCGGCCGAUGGUCAGAUGCAGCCGGUUCCGUUUCCCCCCGAUGCCCUGGUGGGCCCAGGUAUCCCUCGCCACGCCCGCCAGAUCAACACGCUCAACCAUGGCGAGGUGGUCUGCGCCGUCACAAUCAGUAACCCCACGCGGCACGUCUACACGGGCGGGAAGGGCUGCGUCAAAGUGUGGGACAUCAGUCACCCUGGCAACAAGAGUCCGGUGUCGCAGCUUGACUGUUUGAACCGGGACAACUACAUCCGCUCGUGCCGCCUCCUCCCCGACGGCCGCACUCUGAUCGUGGGCGGCGAGGCCAGCACGUUGUCCAUCUGGGACCUGGCCACGCCCACCCCGAGGAUCAAGGCCGAGUUAACGUCGUCGGCACCGGCGUGCUACGCUCUGGCCAUCAGCCCAGACUCCAAAGUGUGCUUCUCGUGCUGCAGCGACGGAAAUAUCGCCGUGUGGGACUUGCACAAUCAGACGCUGGUUCGGCAGUUCCAGGGCCACACAGACGGAGCCAGCUGUAUUGACAUUUCCAACGAUGGCACCAAGCUGUGGACCGGAGGCCUGGAUAACACCGUCCGGUCAUGGGAUCUGCGAGAGGGACGUCAACUGCAGCAGCACGACUUCACGUCGCAGAUCUUCUCUCUUGGCUACUGUCCGACCGGAGAGUGGCUGGCCGUGGGCAUGGAGAGCAGCAAUGUGGAGGUCCUCCACGUGACCAAGCCGGACAAAUAUCAGCUGCAUCUCCAUGAGAGCUGCGUGCUCUCCCUGCAGUUUGCCUAUUGCGGUAAAUGGUUCGUGAGCACCGGGAAGGACAACUUGCUUAACGCGUGGAGAACUCCUUAUGGUGCCAGCAUAUUCCAGUCUAAAGAAUCCUCCUCAGUGCUCAGCUGCGACAUAUCUGUGGACGACAAGUACAUUGUCACCGGUUCCGGGGACAAGAAGGCCACUGUCUAUGAGGUCAUCUACUAAUACGGCAAUGAAAGGCUGAUCUGUACCGUCCAUUUGUAGAGCUUGCAGCCUCCUUCUUCGUCGCAACUCGGAAAGAGAGAACAAGACAAACAAAAGCGUUUUGCAAAAAAAGCCGGACCAAGGCAGAUGUUACUGGAAGCUUGGAAGGCUGCCUGCCCUCUUUUCUCUGGAUGACUUAACGGGCGACGGGACCAUCCAUUUUUAUUCAAGCGGAGUAAACACUGAAGCCAACAAGCAUCGCUGGAAAACGCCAACCCAUGGCAGAGCAGACAAAAAAGGUGGACAUGAGCCAAGAAGAAUCUCGGAGGCGGAGAGCGUUGUGCCUCUUUGCCCUCUGAACCGCAGACACACACAACCCCACCGCUCGGAGACGCCCACGCCAUCUCCGCGUGGCCUCUGCUGUCCUUACAGCCAGUCCACCUACACACACUAGAUUCACACAAGCGGAUCCAUUUCUACCAUCUAUUGUCCUGAGGCGCACACAGCAUUUUACCAUCUAAUAGCAAGGCGAUGGACCUUAUUCGACUUUCUGUAAAGUCCUCCAAGGGCUACGCUAAAUUCAUGACAAACUAUACUACAACAAAUCCAUAUGAUGAGCAUUUGUGAGGGAAUAUAUAGAAGUUAGGCAACACGAUGGAUUUGUGGUUAGCGACUCCAAGCAUGGAUGCAUGGUUUGGGGGAUUUCUCAAAAGUUUUCCCACUUCUGAUCUCAUACUAAAUUCAAGAAUUAAAACACAGUAAACCAAAUAAGACUUUCUAACAGACAUUUUAUUUAUACAGGACCUUAACUAAAUCCAUAUUUUAAUUUUUUUUGUUCAAUUAGGGAUAGACAUCUAAAUUCAAUGAUUUCAUAGAAUAUUCACAAAAAAACAAAAUUAGGAUGAAAGAGUUUGAUUGUUCUGAAUUUCUGUUUCCAAGCUGCCUGCCAUUGUGACAUUCCACUCGCUUCAAGAUGCCAGUAAUCAAAUAAGUCUUGACGAUCAAUCGACGAUCGAUUAUUAUGCUCAUCCCGAGUCGGGAUGAACAAGGAUCAAACUGCACCCCCAUGCAAACGACGGCGAGCAUCAGUGUUGAUUAUGUUUUUGCGCCAUUUAAAAUCGCAAGAUUUCAUAACUGUGCUUAUGUUGGUGUUCUUUUUUCUUUUUUUUUAAAUCUAUUUCUGUCCGUUGAAUGUUUGUAAAAAUGUACAUAUGUCUUUUUUUUGUUGGUUUCUUAUGGGAUGUUGUUUAGGAAUAAAGUGUUUUUUGUACAUCUUUUACAUGGAAAGAAAAUGUUGAAGAAAAACUAAAUGGUCUUAACAGCUCAUCUGAAAAGUUUAGAUAAUAAAUGGUGUUGUUUUGGUAAUUGA